GAGAUAAAACCAAACGCAAAGAUACCAGUAAGUCAACCUUCCGUGUCUUUUCGAUCUGGUUCAAAACAUUUUCACAGUAUUUCUUUUCGAUCCUCCAAAAUCAUAAUGAUAAUUAAGAACGAAGUUUUCCGGGCCUUAUAUUGAUGCGACGAAUAUGGAUACAGUUCCGGAAGGAAUGGUGAUUGUGAUUAUGGGUGUCAGUGGUGCUGGGAAAUCCACUGUAGGUGAGAUGCUAGCCAUAGAGACAAACUGUAGCUAUAUUGAUGCGGAUGAUUACCACCCCCAAUCUAAUAAAGAAAAGAUGAGUAAAGGGAUCCCUCUUUCAGAGGAAGAUCGAAUUCCUUGGCUUGAAACACUUCGGAAUGUCUUGAGAGAAAACUUGGUCAGUGGAAGCACUGUAAUUCUUGGUUGUUCAGCCCUGCAGAGGCGAUACCGAGACAUUUUAAGAUCUGCAGACCCUAACUAUGAACCCGGAAGUCAUGCCAGUUACAUGAAGUUCAUCUUGUUGGAUGCCAAGGCACAUGUGCUGGCUGCUCGGUUAAAGAAGAGACUGGCAGAAGGGAAGCAUUUCAUGUCACCUGAGCUUUUGCAGUCUCAGUUAGACUUGCUUCAGAUUGAUGAGUCUGAAGGGAUACAAAAGGUUGAUGCCAACUCAACUCCUCAAGACACAGUAAACACCAUCCAAAGAUUGUUUCUUCGGCUCUAAAGUGAAUAGCAGCUUAAUGGGGAAAACAAACACAGCACAAGUAUUAUGUAAAGACAGAAAAGAAGAAAACACAAAAAUUACGUGGUUCGACAACUUUGCCUACAUCCAC